CUGCGGCUGAUUUAUUCCAUUGCAAAGUCGGUUCAUUUCUCCUCCUCGCCAGAUAUUUGUCCGCAUCUGUUCCAAGGUCCUGGAGCCCGAGGGCAAGGCUCAAGGCAGGUUUCUGGACACUUCAGCUUCCCAGGUAGCUCCUGCCUCAGCAUGGCUGCUCCCCCACCUGCAGAACUCAAGCAGAAUCUUAAAGAGCAUCUCUCCUCUUCUUCAGAGCCCAUGUUGGACCUCAGGGCAGAUGAAGCUACAUUACUUCCAGUGCCAGCAGCAGACAGUGCCCCAACGGUGACAGAAGAGCCAAACCCAACCCUGGAGACACACAAGGACUCGACCGGCUUGGACAGCAGCUACGACUUUUCGACCUCCAGCUUGGACAGCCAUUGUGAACCUGACCUGGCUCUGGCCACUGGAGACAGUCUCCCAGACAAAUGUCCCCAGUCAGAGGCUGGUGACCCCAGCCCCACAGCCUCCUUGCCCUGGCCAGAGUUGCCAGAGGAAUGUCCGCCUCGGCCUAACACCCUGGAUUUCUCCAACUCCCUCAAAUUCCUGGAGGAGGUGAAGCAGAUGGGGCAGAGGAGGAACAGUGACCACUUGAACAUCCAGGAGAACGGGGUGGAGAGAUGCCCUGAGGCACCUCCCAUCAGCGAGGAGAGGAGGGCACUGGAGUCGGAGCUGGGGAAGUGCAUCGAAGACUUCAGAAAGCUCAAGAUCCCCGUCUCCUUCCCCAACAAGAAGCGGCAGUGGCAAAGCGAACUACUGAAAAAAUACCACGUCUGAGGGGAGGGGCUGGGACUGAAGCCUCCCACCACCCAGGACUGAAGCCUCCCACUGGCUUCCACAGCCACAAGAGGCACCUUCCUCUGCAUCCUGUCCAUGAUGGGCCAGCCUUCCAGGUGCUGGGUGUCCUCGGCCCUCAUUGAUGGCCAGUAGCAGCUCAGCAUCUUGCAGGCUUGAGCCCUCUUUGAAGAGGGACUUGUGAGAGCCUCUUACUUUAAACCACUGGGACUAACUGAUUUGCAUCCUGUCUGACCUCAUUGACUUUACCUAGGUCACUCAGGGGUAGUCGACAACAGGGAUUGGUCCAUGUAUUCAAAACAAAAAGCAGUGGUUUCUUGGUCAAUGCGUCAUUCCAGGAAUUGGUGCUCCACAGGCAGAGGCCUGCUUGUUCCCAGGUCAAUCAAGGGCAAAAUGUGCAUGAAAGGAGCUGUACAAAUCCUCGAAGUGAAAAUAUUUGAGUCAGGAUGGGAAGGAAGAAACUGAUAUUGGUUCGGGUUGUGUCUGUAGGGAUAAACCUACGCACAAGCAACAUGGACAUUCCUGCCUUUAUGACAGCAUGACUUUGAUUGGAGCUCCCGGGGUUAAUAAAUGUAGCCAGCGAUGAAACCUAA